AUCCGGACAUCUUUUACCCCAGAAUAAUUGCACUUUCUUCUCAUCAAAUUUCAUUCUUAGGUAAACCAACGAUUGCCAUUAAACGAGUUGAUCAAAUCGCCAAACAUCUUGAUACUUCUUUACCCUCAACAUUACGAUACGAAAUGAGUUCACAAGAAUUCAAACAAGCACCACAUAAAUUGUUGGUCAUUCCUGGCCCAAUCGAAGUGAGCGAUGAUGUCCUUUUGGCAAACGCUCAUCCUUCCAUGUCACAUGUUUCGCCAGACUUUGUGCCUGUUUUGGGAGAUUGCAUCAGAAUGAUGAAAACACUUUUGUUUGCUCCUGACGCACAACCUGUCAUUACAGCGGGAAGUGGUACUUUGGGUUGGGAUCACGUUGCCGCAAAUGUGAUCGAACCAGGUCAAGAUGCUCUCGUUUUGAACAGCGGUUACUUUGGCGAUAGCUUUGCUGAAUGUUUGACAACAUACGGAGCAAAGGUUGAUCAGGUCAAAGCUCCAAUCGGUAGCAAACCUUCAUUGCAAGAAGUGGAAAAAGCUUUGCAAAGCAAGAAGUACAAAGUUGUCACUUUCACCCAUGUCGAUACCUCUACUGGUGUCUUGAGCGAUGCUAAAGGUUUGGGAGAAUUGGUCAAGCGAGUUAGCCCCGAAAGUAUUCUUGUCUUGGACGGUGUUUGUUCAGUGGCAAGCGAAGAGAUCAGAAUGGCCGAAUGGGGAAUUGAUGUCGUACUUACAGCCAGUCAAAAAGGUUUGGGUUGCCCACCCGGUUUGAUGGUUUUAGCAGCAAGUCCAAAAGCAAUCAAAUCGUUCGAGAGCCGCAAAACACCUCCAAACAGCUACUAUGCCAGUUGGGCUAAAUGGAUACCCGUCAUGAAAGCAUAUGAAGCAGGUACUGGAGCUUACUUUGGUACUCCACCAACUAACUUGUUGUAUGCUUUGCAUCAAUCCCUCACAAACAUUACCACCAAAUCACCUUCGAUCGAAGACAGGUUCAAACAACAUAUCGCCGCUUCUGAUCGUGUCAAGAACUUUGUCAAAGAGCUCGGAUUGGAACAAUUGGUUGCCGAUGGCAUCAAAGAUGGUGCACACGGAAUGACUGCUGUUAAAUAUCCUCAAGGUAUUAAAGCAACCGAUCUAUUGCCAAAGAUGGUCGCUCGUAAUAUCGUCGUUGCUGCCGGUCUUCAUAAGGAAGUCAAGGAUACUUAUUUCCGUAUCGGUCAUAUGGGCGUCACUGUCACACAUGAAAAGGAACGUGGAGAUAUUGAACAUUUGCUCAAGUCUCUCAAAGAAGCACUCACCGAGGCUGGCUACAAGGCAUAAAAACGUUUUUCUAUGUCUAUAGAUAUACACUACAUGAAAUAUAAUCUAUCCAUGGAUGCAAAGUUGUGAAUGACUAUUGAUACAUUAUGAGAUUUGAAGGG